AUGACCUCUACAAUGAAAGCAGUGAACUACCAGGGACCUUACAAGGUCAAGGUUUCGGAAGUAUCACUGCCAAAGAUCCUUCACCCUGACGAUGUCAUUGUCAAAGUCACGACAGCUGCCAUUUGCGGCUCAGACUUGCAUAUGUACGAGGGAAGAACCGCAGCUGAGGCCGGCAUCACCUUUGGCCAUGAGAACAUGGGUAUCGUCGAAGAACUAGGAAGUGGUGUCACUCUCCUGAAGAAGGGAGACCGCGUUGUUAUGCCAUUCAAUGUUGCAGACGGUCGCUGCCAGAACUGCGAAGAAGGACGCACCGCAUUCUGCACAGGCGUUAACCCCGGAUUCGCUGGUGGUGCUUACGGUUACGUCGCUAUGGGCCCCUACCCGGGUGGCCAGGCUCAGUACCUCAGAGUGCCUUACGCUGAUUUCAAUGCUCUGAAGCUUCCUCCUGGAAAGGAAUUCGAGGCUGAUUUCAUUCUUCUUGCUGAUAUUUUCCCCACCGGCUGGCACGGUGUCGAACUCUCUGGCUUUAAGCCAGGCGAAAGCGUUGCUGUCUUUGGUGCCGGACCAGUAGGCCUGAUGGCGGCCUACUCGGCGGUUCUUCGCGGAGCUUCCAGAGUCUUUGUUGUCGACCGAGUUCCCGAGCGGUUGCAGUCUGCGGAAAAGAUUGGAUGCAUUGCCAUUGAUUUCACCAAGGGAGAUGCUGUGGAGCAAAUCAAGAAGUCAAAUGGAGGCGAAGUUGACCGCUCAGUCGAUGCGGUCGGAUACCAGGCCGUCAAUGCUGGCGGCAGCACCGAACAGCCCAACAUUGUGUUGGAAAACAUGAUCAAGGUCACCCGGGCUUGUGGAGGACUUGGUAUCCCAGGCCUUUACGUCCCAAGUGACCCCGGUGCUUCUGACGACGCCUCUGCGAAGGGUAUGAUCAGCUUGAGUUUCGGUAAACUCUUCGAGAAGGGACUCUCACUUGGCACCGGUCAAUGCAAUGUGAAGGCCUACAACCGAUACUUGCGUGACCUCAUCAUCUCAGGCAGGGCCAAGCCCAGUUUUGUCGUUUCUCACGAGAUCAACAUCGACGAUGCAGAGGUUGCUUACGAGAAGUUCGACAAGAGAAUCGAUGGCUACACCAAGGUUCUUAUCCACCCUAAUGGUGGAUUCUAA